AUGGUUUCGCAGCCGCGACCUGACGCACGUCAGGACGUCGUGGUGUGGCACAAGUUGACCGAAUUGGGUCGCUUUCGUGGGCAUCACACAGCCGCCACGGUGCUUUGCGCGGUGGGUUCCAGCUACUUGCUCUCAGCCGCGGGAAAGGAGUUGAUCCUUGGAGAAUGGGAGAACAUGUGCCCAGGAUGCCCAGCACUGGGCGUUUGGAACAUGAAGCUCAACUGCUCGGAGGACUUUGGGGAGGUGACAUGCAUCCGGCAUCCGCCCACCUACUUGAACAAGGUCCUAGUGGCCGGCAGCGAGGGGAAUUUGCAGUUGUGGAACCUUCGAAGCGCAGAGUUGAUCCACAGCUUCAAGCCGGAACAGGCAGUGGGCAUUACUGCGUUGAUGGAGGCCAGUGGAGCACUGGAUGUGGUGGCCGUAGGCUUUCGAAGCGGCCGGAUUUGCCUGAUGAACAUCCGUGAGGAGACCGGGAAGAGGAUACUGGAAAAGAGGCCAUGUGGGCUCAGCCAGGACCGAAUACUCUUCGAGCUGCAGCAGGCACAGGGCCCCGUGAGCUGCAUUGCUUUCCGCUCCGACGACGCCUCCAUGCCCUACCUCGUCAGCGGCGCACCAACAGGCCACUUUGUGGUUUGGGACCUCGAGAAGCGGAGAAUGCAUCAUGUGAGGGAAGCCCAUCGAGGGCCGAUCACCCAUAUGGCCUUCGUACCCAAGGAACCCUUGCUGAUAACGAGUGGAACCGACAACGCGGUGAAGAUGUGGAUCUUUGAUACUGCAGAUGGUAUGUCGAGAUAUUUGAAAGGCCGUUGUGGCUGUCCGGGGCCCGCGCGAAAACUCCAGUUCUAUGGUGAAGGUGACAAGGAGCUGAUUGUGGGAGGCGGCUUUAAGGGCAAUGGUUUUCUGUCCAAGAUUUCCUUCAUUCAGGAUCAACAAAACAAGGAAUACUCUCAAGCAUCCCUGAAGAAGAUGAACUCGCAGGCCGUUGCGGUGGGCAAUCUGGAGCUCCCGCCAGUGGUGGACGUUGCAAUUUCCCAGGUGAGGCACUAUGAUUGGCCCUGUGUAGUCACAGUGCACAACGGACUGCAGGCUGCUAUGGUUUGGUCCCCGAGCCACCAAGCCCUGUCCACGACAGUGCUGAUUCCACCUGGCGAGCUAAGUGGGAAGAGCCCGGUCUCAGCGGUGGCAGUGAGCACGUGCGGCAACUAUUGCAUUUUGGGUUUGGAGAAUGGGGCCUUGCACAAGUUCAACUUGCAGUCGGGAUUGCACCGUGGCACUAUCCCCAUAGUAGCUGUUGGACAGCAGGAUCCAGACUCCUUUGGGGUAAAGGUCCCGAAGCGCCCGGCGAUGGCCAAGGCCCCUCCGGGCCCGCCAUUGGCGCAUUUGGGGCGUGUGUGCGGAGUGAUCAUCACCAGCUCGGGACAGGUGGCCUCAGCUGCCUCACAUCCCAAGGACUGUUGCCUGAGACUUUGGAAGCUCAGCACACAGGAAGCUUUGGAGAGCAUUCCCUUGGGCCAACGAGGCCCGAGCUGUCUCAUUGUGAAGCACUUCGGCGUUCUGGUGGCCUGCGGCUUGGAUGAUGGGACUUUAGCCAUCGUAGACUUGAACAGCAAGUCGAUCGUCCGCUCCUUCCAGUGUGGUGUGCCAGCCACCGACCUGGCCUUUGCGCCGGACGGCCGAUGGCUGGCGGCGGCCGUGUGCGACGGGGGACUACGGAUUUUUGACCUCCCUGCGGCGCGGUGCAUCGAUUCCUUCCUUUUUGCACAGCCAGCGCUGGGACUUUGCUUCAGCCCCAGUGGUGCCUUUCUUGUGACUAGUCAUGCGAAGAACAAUGCCAUACAGGUUUGGGCCAACAAGUUUCUUUUCGACCCAUCGCUGUCAGCACCACUCCUUCGGCCAGAGCCUGAAGCUCCAAUCAAUGUUGAAGAGCCUGGAGCACCUGAUGAGGAGGAGGAGGAGUCUGAGGAGGAAACCGAUGAGGAAGGGGACAGCAUGCCAAAUAUGUGCACUUCGACGACCCCUUUGGAUCCAUCCUUGCUGACCCUCUCGGAUGUGCCACCUGCCAAGGUGUUGGCGACUCUUCACUUGGACUUGGUGAAGGAGCGCAACAAGCUGAAGGAACCUCCAAAGCCUUUGCCCAACGCACCCUUCUUCCUCCCUACUGCGCAUGAGGGCGUCACGCCCCGCUUCGCAGCACCACUGGGAGACGAGGAGAACGAGGCUCCAGAGCCAGAAACCACUGGGCGGCGGCCAUCACUCUUUGAGGAGCUUACCGAAGAGAAGGACAAGAUGGCGAGCUUGCCCUUCCAAAGCUUUCUUCGGAAAGGCCUCUACGACAAGGCCUUGGAAUUCCUCAAGUGCCAGACGCCGUCGGGAGUGCACCUGGCUUUGGAGCAGAUCGGCCCAAUGGCUGGCGGAGGUGAGCAGGAGUUGGAAGCAGGCCUCCAGUUCUUCCUCCACCAUGUGACCUCCUCACACUUCGCCGAUGAGGCAAGAGGACGGUGGACGGUGAAGGCAUCCAGCCUGACUAUAUACUUCAUUGAGCCAAUGUGGAAGUAG